AGUGCUGUUCACAAAUGUGUGUAUCGUAAAAUUUCGUUUUAGAGAAUACUUCAUAACAGUAUCAUCACUGUGGAAUAUACUAACCAUGAUAUUUGUACCCUGUUUUACAAGCUAAAUUGGCAGUAGCAUAAAAUUGGAAAAAGAAAAAUGGCAACUGGAGGUUCAUCUUUUUAUAAGGGAUCUGACCUGAUUCAUGACUACAGUUGUACCAAGUGUGAGGAAGAUAAUUUUAACACUGAGGCCCAGCACUUCUGUUCUCAGUGUGAACACUAUCUGUGUGACAAGUGUGUGAACUUGCAUAAUGGAUAUAAUACGAAACACACUGUUUAUGGUCGUGGAAACAUUCAGAAGUGGGCGAAGUUUUCAUUGGACAGAUGUGACCAACAUGGCAACAAGCUGGAAAUCCACUGUGAUGACCACCAGGAAUUGUGCUGCAGUGUCUGUGUUGUGCUUAACCAUAGGCUAUGUAGCAGCAUCAGGCACCUGCCUGACUUGGCCAAAGGCUUCAUGGAAACAGCAGAGUUCAAGCAGCUGCCAGCAGCAGCGGACGAAAUGAGGAACAAACUUGAUGACCUCAAGGACGCAAGGAUGAAAGAUCAAGCCUCACUGAAGGACUCGAUCAAGAGCAUCAUUGCUGAAAUCAAUGCUCUCCGAAAAGAGGUAAACAACAUCCUUGACCAGCUGGAAAAGAAGACAGUUGAACAGUUGGAUAGAUUGAUGAACGAUUUACAGAAGAGUGUGAAAGAUGAUUUAGAUAUUUGCGCCGAUAUGCAUGACCGACUCAAGAUCAUGAUCGAUAAACUACAACAGGUUACUCGCAAAAACAAGGAGACAAAUUCUUACAUCGGAUUCAAAAAAUGCCUGACCAAAUUGAAUGAAGCAAAAAGUCUGGUCCAUAAAAUAGAGAGAAGACCGAAAGAAGGUAUUUGGUUCAAAUCUGAUGAAAGCGUGUUGCAAUUUCUGAGAAACCUAAACGGCAUUGGCUGUAUUGAAAGUGUUCAUUCCAUGCCAAAAAGACCAAAGACUGUUCAUGUGUAUAAGGUAGACGAGUCAAUACUUUCCAUGCCGGUUGCACGUAAUCAUUCUAUUAAAAUUAGUGAAGGUACAUGCCAUAUUGUUGGCAUAUGUGCGUUGCCCAGUGGAAAUCUGGUUAUUGCUGAUCAAAACAACCAAAGAGUGAAGCUUCUUAACAAACAGUUCAAGGUCGUUGAUCAAUUUGAUUUACCUUAUCCUCCACAACAUUUGUGUCACAUUGCUGGCGAGGAGAUUGCUGUUGCUAUUGCUUGUGGUGAUAUAGGUGGGGUCUACUUUCUCACAGUGAUCAGAGAGCAGCUAAUGGAAGGGAGAAACUGUAUCAAAUACUGUGAGUGCUACUCCAUCGCCCACCACCAGGGUCAGCUAUAUUUGGGCUCUUAUUAUGCCAUUGACCACUACACAAUUGACGGACAAUUCAUUAAGCAGAUUUAUCUAGACCAGUACUGUUCCUUGGAAGGGAGCAGUUCUGCUGUUAGUCCUGAUGGGGAGAGAAUCUAUUUCAUUCUUAAGGAGACACACACAUUAUUAACGCUAGAUAAAGAUGGACAAGUGCUCUCUAUUUUUGCUCAUGUAAUUCAAGAUCUUAGUGGACUGUUUGUCAGCCCUAGUGGUCAUGUGUUUUUGUGUGGUGAACAGUCUCAAACUGUGGUACAGGUGGACAGGGAGGGAAGAAAGAAGCUGGCAACGGUGGUCCGGGAGAAUAAUGGCUUGAUUAAACCUCUUUCUUUGUGCUUCUGUGAACAAAACUCUAACCUCAUUGUUGGCAAUUCUGACAGUGACAAUAUUACUGUUGUCAAGCUUUGUUGA